AUGUGGAAAUAUGUACAAUACUUCCAUUAGCAUUCUGCUGUUUGGUGUUUGUCUUAUCGGUUGUUGACGAUGACCGAGAGGGACGUGUUGUUAUAAUCUUGAAUACAAGUACUCUAAUCAGGCCAACAUUCGAUUGGUAUGAUCAGUAUGUAAUUCAAACCACAGCUCGCCAGUUUCUGUCGUCCUGCUUGUACACUGAAUGAACACUGUGCCAACAUCAGCUGGCAAUAGCAAUCUUACAAUUGCAUUUAGGUAGCACUGCAUUUGUGUUAUUUAUCUUCGCCGAAUUGAACAGUUUUUCAUACCUUCAGUGCAUGUUCAACGUUUCUCUUUUUCGGUAUAGUGUAAAUUGCUAUGCAAUGGGAAAAGGUAAACACGAUUUAUUUUCUGAUGGAAUUUGGUUUUGCGAUCUCGCUCGUCCACAACAUAGGGCCAUUUCUGUUACCUGUAAAAAUAUCUACAACACAAAUUAUGAAAUGCUUUAUGGUAGGGAAUUUGUAGCUGCUUAUUGUGAGCACAGUUUUCCAGGAUGGGACAUUUGGGAUGAUGUGAUUUGUUGGGAACAUCCUGCUAGCAGAAACUAGGAAGCUAUAGCAUCAGUUGAUGAAAAAUCCCCCAACAUCUAUGCUAUGCUAGAUAAUGUCUUAAAGUUCAUUUCUAUUCAAGUACUAAAAAAAAUAAAUUUAUGCACCAGAAUUAGUUUUUAUAUUUUGUUCUGGGAAACCCUAGGUCUAAAUUGUUUUUUAAUAUGAUUUUAUAUUAACUGUGCCAUAGGGGACGUCCGUGUGGAUGUAGCUCAUGUCAUGAUGCCUCUCUUUAGACCGCAAACUAGUGAAUCAACACCGCCUCUGCAGUUUGCAGCCAAAUAUUGCACACUUCAAUUGCUGCAAGAUGCAAUUAAUCAAUUCCAAAGACAACGUGGUCGAUGACAAAACUCCUCUAGAGAAAUCCAGGAAUGUAAUGUGGUCACAAGUGCUCACACAUUGAAGCACUGUGCUGCUGAUGUGUGCUUACUGAGGGCAACGCACACAUAAGUCAAGGUUGUUUGCGGCCUUAAUUUGUCCUUUGGCAUCUCAUACACACACGGCGUGUUUGUCAGCUCCAAGAAUAGUGGGGAUCAAGUUCUGGACCUCACAAUUGGUCUGUUUGUGGUGCUGCUGCGAAGAAAAGGCAAGGAGGCGGAGCAUGUUUCCCUGUCCUGGUCAUUGGCCCGCCGUCAUCCUGCUCGAGAGGUUCUCUAAAGUUCUAUGUCUUUGUUUGGAUCUUCAAGUAUUUGUGUUUAGAUUUGUUGAUGUUGCUAUUUCUGGGAAAGCAUUAGUUUUGAUGGUAGUUCAGUGAGCAAGCACUGGUCUCACUGGUUUGGUCCAUGCAGAGGUACCGCCACUAUGGCACCUCCUCCUCUUCAGUGCCCGUGGAGGAGCUCCACACCACCGAGGAGGAGGUGAGCGCUAAGGAGCAAGCGGAGGAGCCGCUUGUAAAAGAGAAGGCUCAGGAUGCCAUCGGGACGACAGGAGGCGGGGAUGUGGAGGAGGCCCCUUCCACGCAGGAGGCACCUUUGCUCUCUGACUCAAAGUCGCCAUCGUCAGAAAGCAAGAACGGGAAAAAGACGCAGGGCGCCGACGCGGCGGGAGGAGCCAAGUAUUCUGUCUUCACCUGGUUUGUGGUCCUAGCACUGUUGGGAGUUUGGAGCUCCGUGGCCGUCGUCUACUUCGAUAUUGUUGACUACGACAGCGUCAUCGCCAAAGCUGAGGAGUUUCGUAUGAACUUUUCGCAAGCUUUACAAGGGAAGCUGACGGCCUAUGACACAGAUGGAGACGGUGACUUUGAUGUGGAAGACGCCAAAGUCCUGCUCGAUGAGAGGAAGUUAAGAGGUCCUGCUCGUAGGAAGGCGGCGCACAGGAGAGCGCUCAGAGAACUGGCCGAAGAUCCUGAUGAAAUGGAACUGAUCGAAGACGAGAUUCCAGACGAAGCGACGUCUCGGAAGAACUGGACCCGAGGCCUGAAAGAGACACCAGGCGUGGGACCUUCACCUGAACACAAAGCAGAAACUGCGAAGGAGCGGCCCACCAAUCAGCAAACUGCACAGUCACAGUGGGAGGAGUCAAGGGAGGCCGCCUCCUCGGGGAGACAUACAGAGGAGACACCUACAAAAGAGACCUCAUCAGAGGAGAUACCUGUAGAGGAAAAACCUACUGAGGAGAUGCCAAUCUCUGGAUCUGAGGACGUGGACUCUGAAAUCCAAGCUGCCGUUCCCUUGCCUGCAUUUGUAGAAGACAGCUUUGUAGCAGAUGAUCCUCGAGGAAACACGGAGCAUAUUUAUGCGGAGGACGUGGACGCCAUCGACACGAGCGGGGUCUUAGUGGAGGAGCCGUCGUCUCAGGAGAGCGUCGCGGAGUCUGCAAAAACUGUGACGAGCUCCAAGUUCACACAGGAAGAAGAGCCGCUGGUGGAAGUGGCGAAACAAUCUGAGCCGGUAGAAGCACAGAGUGAGAACCAGGCAGACACAGUAGAACCACAGAGUGACACAACCGGGGAGACAGCAGGGAGCGCCACUGAGGAAGCAGCAGCUGAGGAGAAGCCCAAAGAAAAAGCCAAGAAGAAGAAAGCAAAACUGCUGAACAAUUUGGACAAAACCAUCAAAGCAGAAGUGGACGCUGCGGAGAAGCUACGCAAAAAAGGUAAAGUGGAGGCGGCGCUGAAAGCCUUUGAAAUGUUGGUGCAACAGCACCCACAGAGCCCCCGCGCUCGCUACGGCAAAGCACAGGCAGAGGACGACUUGGCCGAGAAGAUGCGCAGCAACGACUUGUUGCAGAAGGCCAUCAACAGCUACAGAGAUGCCGCCGAGCUUCCAGACGCCACCUCUGACCUCGUGAGAGCGGCGCUUAAGAGACGAGCCGAGCGCCAACAGUUCCUGGGCCGCAUGCGUGGCGCCGUGGCGACCCUGGAGAGGCUGGUUCAGAUCUUUCCAGAGGACAUCCAUCUGAAGAACGACCUAGGCGUGGCCCACCUGUUGCUCGGAGACAACAAAGGUGCUAAGAAGGUCUAUGAGGAGGUACUGGCAGCUGCCCCCGGCGAUGGCUUUGCCAAAGUUCACUACGGAUUCAUCUUGAAGUCGGAGAACCAGAUUGCAGAGAGCAUUCCUUACCUGAAGGAGGGUCUGGAGUCCGGCGAGCCAGGCACUGAUGACGGACGCUUCUACUUCCACCUGGGAGACGCUUUGCAGAGAGUUGGAGACAAGAGCGCAUACCAGUGGUACCAGUUGGGUCACGAGCGCGGCCACUUUGCGUCCGUGUGGCAGAGGUCCCUCUACAACGUGGACGGGCUGAAGGCGCAGCCCUGGUGGACGCCAAGCGAGACCGGCUAUACCGAUCUGGUCAAGUCGCUGGAGAGGAACUGGAAGACCAUCCGAGACGAGGCUCUGGCCAUGAUGGACCGCAACACGGGAAUGUUUGUACCCGAGGAGGAGAACCUGCGAGAGAAAGGAGAGUGGGGACAGUACACCCUCUGGCAGCAAGGAAGGAAAGCUGGGGAUUCCUGUCAGGCCGUCCCUAAGACUUGCUCGCUGCUGGAGAGAUUCCCUGAAGCCACUGGCUGCAAGAGAGGACAGAUUAAGUUCUCAGUGAUGCAGCCGGGCACGCACGUGUGGCCGCACACGGGACCCACCAACUGCCGGCUGAGGAUGCACUUAGGCCUCGUCAUUCCCAAACACGGCUGCAGGAUCCGCUGCACCGACCAGACCAGGGAGUGGGAAGAGGGCAAAGUUCUCAUCUUCGAUGACUCCUUCGAGCACGAGGUCUGGCAGGAAGCGGACACGUACCGCCUCAUCUUCAUUGUGGACGUGUGGCACCCGCAGCUGACCGCACACCAGCGCCAGACUCUCAGCGCCAUCUAGACCAGGAGGUCUGUUUCGGUUCUCCUCUUCAGAACACUGAAGGUUCUUCUGGAUGAUACUACUGACUUGACCACCAGUCUCCCAACGUGACACAUAUUUCCUGUUUGACCCCUUUGACAAAAAAGUGUGUUAAAUGUUCACAUGAGCAUCAAAACCACUUUUUCACCUUCUCUUUGUCUACGCUCUCAUUUCCCUCAUCACUUUUGUAAAAUGACUACACACACCAGAUGAUAUUAGAGAUUAUAUUUUUAUUAAAAACAACACA